UUACUAUUGAAGUUGCAGAAAACAUCCCUGCAGUAUUUCAAAAGUGGCAAGAACAAUCUCCCCGUUUAGUUGGUGUGAAAGCACAAACGGCAGCAACCAAAAUUUUCCGUAAUCUUCCCAUUUUGUCCCUAUGUUCACCUUCAGCGAAGCUAAUCUUAAAAAACUGAAAUUUCUUCAUUCCGAACUAUGGAACCAUCUGCUUCUACCUGCAAUUGAGAAAAAUGUCAUGAGAAAUGUGCUGGGAUCCCGUUGUUACCUUGUUAUUAAUUUAUAUUUACUAGUACAGGAUUUACAAGUUAACUUGCUUAUGCUCAUUCUCCAAAACAAGUCAGCCCAUGGCAGAGCAGAAAGAAGAAACACAAGUCAAUCAAUCUUAUUCUUUUGUGGAAGUGAUUUGCAAAUGCACCGGCGAGACUUGGCAAUUUGCUGCUGGAACGGAGGAAAAACAGCCUAUGUUCCUCCGGCUUCAAAGGAGUAUGCAAGGAAGAAUUCACAAGCCCUCUCUACAUUGGAAAGAUAUUUCUUAAACUCAUGAUAAGAAGCCAAACGGCGUAAGAAGUAACACGAUAUGGCCAUGGCUGAAAAGAAUGCACUUUUGUUGCAAUGACGCCUCAAAAAAAGGGGAAGCAAAUUUUAGAGCAGUUAAUCCAAACUGGCAUGUACCACAAACUUCUAGCAAGAAGUUGGCUCCUGAAAUACCUACUCCUAAGUAUGUGGUUGUGGAUACAUGUGAAAGAGAUCAUUUGUGCACUUUUACUCAGCCACAUCACAUAUACAUGCUAGAGGAGCUCGGGAUGAGAUUGGAGAAUUUGUUGCCUAUGAUCUUGACAAUGAGGAUGAAGAUUGGCUUCGGCCUUCAAGAGUUCAACAGAGAAAGAAAGGUUCUUGCAGCUGAAAAAACUGAAAUUGAUUUCGCUGGGAACGGGGACAAAAUGCAUAGGGCGUUCGCGACGGAGUUCGAAAGGCGAUCUUGUGAAUGAUUCUCAUGCUAAAUUAUCACAAGAAGAGCUCUGCUAAGUAUUGGAAGGGGCUGAAAAUACAAAGGUGGUGGCAUUCCAGUUUUCCUUCUAAACAACUUCAAGAAAUGAACCUUGAUCCUCCUACCAGUCUACCCUUCACCUUUAGCAGAAACUGGUCUUCCAUUGUAUUCACAGGAAGUGAUAGACCUACCUUUUAAACUCUAUACAGCUUGUUUGGAUGAUUGUUAUAUAUCAUUUCAUAACGUAUCGUAUUGUGUUGAUAGAUUGUAAUGUUUCUUGUCGUUAUAAAAUGCCCACAUCAACAAUCUGAAGAAUAAGCUUAGAAUAUUAUAAAGAAAAGUAGGGUAUGAGGUAGAGUUAUUAUAAAAAAAAAUAGUGCAAAGGAUAAAAUAUGGUUAUUAAAUGAUAAGCAAAGGCAAAUGAGAAAGAAGUAAUGACGAAAUCACACCAAAUCGGUUAUAUAAAAAUAGAACUUUUCAUCUUUACAUAAUGAUGAAUUUAACGACAUGAUACAAUAAAAUUUAACAAUCAAAGCAAACAUUGUAUUUAAAGUAACAACACAAUACAAUACAAUACAAUAGGUAAAAGCCAUCCAAACAAGCAGAGGGAUGAUAUCUCUGUAGUGAAGAAAGACUACUCAAAUUUGGCAGCGGAAGUCUUUUUUUCUCUAAAUUUUACGAGUUUCAUGCCUACGCUAUAGUGCUAGUGUCUCUUUUUUGAGUGUUAUAUAUUUAGUGUAUCAAGGAU